AUGGGAGACGAAGUCUGGGUCAGCAGUGUCUUAACUGAUCUAACACCAGCAACAUCACCAGCAUCUCUGCUCUCUCACCACCUGCACCAUCAGCAUCUCUGCUCUCUCACCACCUGCACCAUCAGCAUCUCUGCUCUCUCACCACCAGCAUCUCUGCUCUCUCACCACCUGCACCAUCAGCAUCUCUGCUCUCUCACCACCUGCACCAUCAGCAUCUCUGCUCUCUCACCACCAGCAUCUCGGCUCUCUCACCACCAGCAUCACCAGUAUCUCUGCUCUCUCACCACCUGCAUCACCAGCAUCUCUGUUCUCUCACCACCAGCAUCACCAGCAUCUCUACUCUCUCACCACCUGCACAACCAGCAUCUCUGCUCUCUCACCACCAGCAUCACCAGCAUCACUGCUCUCUCACCACCUGCAUCACCAGCAUCUCUGCUCUCCCACCACCAGCAUCACCAGCAUCUCUGUUCUCUCACCACCAGCUUCACCAGUAUCUCUGCUCUCUCACCACCUGUAUCACCAGCAUCUCUGCUUUCUCACCACUUGCAUCACCAGCAUCUCUGCUCUCUCACCACCUGCACAACCAGCAUCUCUGUUCUCUCACCACCAGCAUCACCAGCAUCUCUGUUCUCUCACCACCAGCAUCACCAGCAUCUCUGCUCUCUCACCACCUGCACAACCAGCAUCUCUGUUCUCUCACCACCAGCAUCACCAGCAUCUCUGCUUUCUCACCACCAGCAUCACCAGCAUCUCUGCUCUCUCACCACCAGCAUCACCAGCAUCUCUGCUCUCUCACCACCAGCAUCACCAGCAUCUCUGCUCUCUCACCACCAGCAUCACCAGCAUCUCUGCUGUCUCAGCAGUCCUUUUCCAGGUGACUGUCUACUGUCUAACUACCAUUACCACCAGCGUCAUUGCUGUCUAACUACCACCAUCAGCAUCACCACUGCUUCACUAUCAGCGUCACUGCUGCUUCACCAGAUGAUAUUUGAUGCCCUACUACCCCCCACUACCACCACUACUAGCACUCUCGCUACUACCACUAUUACUAGCACCAUGAGAGCCAGCUGCGUCGUCCUACUCUGUGUGCUGACGGUCGUCUCCACAGCCCCGGUUCCCCAGAACGACCUUACAAGAGCCGGUCGUUUACUCUGGCCAGCGUAUAUCAGUACUACUGCUGCCCCAGCCGUGCCCACUACCUGGUGCCCUGUAGCUUUCCUUUGUUUUAGAACCACUGUUAAACCUUCUUUUGGGAAGUAAUGGUUACAUUCAAUGUAAAGUCGGUAAGUGUUGCUUCACUGCCAAGCCGAGUCACUACUGACUCACUGUUGUCUUGUCAGGUGAGUGAAUAACCAAGGCAAGACCCUGUAAUGUUGCCAGGGCUAGAUACGGCGCAAACUGUAAGCAGCCCUAUAUUUCCCAAACAAAACGAAAAACUGGGAAUAAAGGACUUGAUACGGUAUACACUCUCAGUGGCCCUAUAUUUCCCAAACAAAACGAAAAACUGGGAAUAAAGGACUUAAUACGGUGUACACUGUCAGUGGCCCUAUACUUCCCAAACAAGAAGA